AUGCAGGUAGGUAUAUCCGUAUGCAAGGUAUGCGGAUGGGCAUGGUUGCAUGAAGAGACUGGCGUGUACGUUGUAAAUCAGAGUCACGCUAUUGCACAGAGCACCUUCCAGGCCGUGACGUAUGAUGUGCUGGAAGUCCAAGACGGUAUGAUUAGUACGAAGCGCAGUCAGACUCCGGCAAUGGUCAAUAGAACGGUCCUUACUAACGAAAUUGACAAACGGUCAGUGGAAUGCCGACUCACACACAUUGCCAAAUUCAGUACCGAGAUUGGUAAGUAUUUCAAGCAAAUGCUGGCCACUGGAGUGAAAGCAUCUAGCAAGAAACUGAAGCAUGUUGCCCAAAAUGGCUGA